CACGUGGUGUAAAUUUAAAUAACAAUAACGUUAGUAGGGGUGUCUUUGUGCAGGUAUUAGACAAGAUUGUAAUCAGACAUUUAAACUUUUCAACACUGAAUACAAAAGAUAAACACACUGUACAACACGGGACUCCAGUCUUUAGUGAUCAGCCAGGUAAAUCAAGCAGGAAGUACAAUUCAUCAAACCGAAAGUACUUUCCAACCUCGGGAGAAUAUCGGGGCGUCGGUCAUGGAUUUCUUCAUUCAAGGUACACACCGGAAUCCAAAGUAAAAGAUGGCCCAAAGAUUUUGGAAAAGAUGAAAUGUGAAAAAAUUAUAAGGAUAUGACAAAAACAAACAGAUCAGAAUAGCUCGCUUGGGCCUUUAGCUCGGAUGAGCUAAACAGCUAAAAGGUGGAUGGACACAUCCUGGAUCAGAACGGACAGUUCCUGAGAUGUGUGGACAAUUGUGGACUAGAUAAACCUAAGGGACUGAGUGUGGACAGUGAGGGGAGGUUGUGGAUCUGGUUUCUAACACAGGCAAUGGCCACACCCACCACCUGGGCACAAGAGGUCAUCACCUGUGACCUUUGUGUCAAGCCUACCCAGCAGUUCUGUAACAACUGUCAACUCAGUUUGUGUGUGGACUGUGUUAGUAAACACGUGGACAAGCUCAAGUACCAACAACAUGACAUCGUUCAUUUCAAAGACAGAAAGAUACAACUUGUUUUUCCUGAGUGUGAAUUUCACUCGAACCAGAGAUGCGAGGCCCACUGCCAGCAAUGUGAUGUUCCAGUUUGCCUGAAAUGCAUACUUGGUUCCCAUAAUGGACACAGAUAUAGAGGCAUGUCUGAUAUUUUCAAUGGCAAGAAAAAGAAACUUGAAAAGGAAACCAAAGAAAUUGAAUCCACCAUUAUUCCACGGUACAGGAAGAAAAAUGAAGAAACAGAAAACAAACUAUCCAUUAUAAUGGCCAAAUUUGAUGAACUGGACAAAGAAAAAGAAAAGCACAGAAAAUAUUGGCACCAAGAAGUAGACACCAUUUUCAAUCAUCUGGGUUCUUUGAUGAAGUCCAUAAAAGAGAAUCUCCUGGCUGCUCUAAACUCUCACCAAUCAAAAAUCAAAAAUCAAAUUCCAGACAUGACCCAAACAGUUCAACAAAAUAAAGAAAUUCUGAAGUCAAACAAUGUGUCUGCAGUCACUAACUACAAAUCCAAACUCGUGGAAUACAGAAACAUGCCUACUGAUUUUGAUGUCAAACUGCCAUCACUCAAAACUAACACAGUCCAAGGGAGAGAACUCAGCCUGGAAUUAGAAGAAUACAAGGCUAGCCUGACACAGACAACACUGUCCAGUCUGACAGAGGAAGUCUCCUAUUUAUCUAUACAAAAGCUAUUAGAGCAAGCCAAAUCAAUUACAACCAUUCCUACUGGAGUUAAUCCUCUAUACAAUGUUGCCUGUGUGGGAGUGGAUGAAGUCUGGGUUAGUGGUGACAAUAAAACCAUAAGACGUGUUGACAUACACGGGUCUGUCCGGGACACUGUCACCACCACAUGUCCAGACUGGCCUGGUGACAUCACAGUGACCAGACAGGGAGAACUGGUAUACAGUGAUGCUCACAAGAGAACUGUGAACAUUGUCAGACACGGGAGAACAGAGACACUGAUAACCACACCACGGGGCUGGCAUCCAGAACAACUAUGCUGUACUAAGUCAGGGGACAUCCUGGUCAGUAUGUGUACUACUGAUACAAGCCAAUAUAAAAUUAUCCGUUAUCAGGGACACACAGAGAAACAGGAAAUAGAGAGAGAUGAAGAUGGAGAACCAAUCUAUAAAAGAGGGAUAUACCCACUGCGUGUGGUGGAGAACAACAAUGGAGACAUCUGUGUCUCUGAUGGUAAUGCUGACACCGUGGUCGUGGUGGACAAGUCAGGAAGAGUCCGAUUCCGAUACGACGGUACACCAGCCAGGAGGAAGAAGUCAUUUUAUCCUAGACAUAUAGUGACAAACUCCAUGAGUCAGAUCAUUGUGGCAGAUAACAACAAUGCCUGUCUACACAUCCUGGAUCAGAACGGACAGUUCCUGAGAUGUGUGGACAAUUGUGGACUAGAUAAACCUCAGGGACUGAGUGUGGACAGUAAGGGGAGGUUGUGGGUAGGGUUAUAUAAAUCAGGAGAAGUGAAAGUGAUUCAGUACAUGAAAUAAACACAUGAUAUCACAUACAGACAUCAGAUAAUGACAGAGUUCACACAGUGCUCUUGAUACAUACAUGUUUUAGUGAUAUCUACACAACAAUGUUUGCUAAUGUAUUCAUUCAAAGUUUUUUGUCAAAAUAAAAUUCAAACAUUGCUAUUGUCAAUGAGAACAUAA